CCGGAAGUAGUUUUCAUACGUAGAAGGGACGAAGCGGUUUAGGUUUUAGUUUGCACUGAGUGUCCACUACAAAGGCCAAGAUGCCGAGGAUUAUGAUCAAGGGUGGUGUGUGGCGAAACACCGAGGAUGAAAUUCUCAAAGCCGCUGUUAUGAAAUAUGGGAAAAACCAGUGGGCACGAAUUGCAUCACUGCUACACAGAAAGUCAGCCAAACAGUGUAAAGCCAGAUGGUUUGAAUGGCUGGAUCCUAGCAUCAAGAAAACAGAAUGGAGCAGGGAGGAAGAGGAAAAGUUGUUACAUUUGGCCAAGUUGAUGCCAACACAGUGGAGGACCAUCGCCCCUAUCAUUGGACGUACUGCCGCACAGUGUCUGGAGCACUACGAAUACUUACUUGACAAAGCCCAGAAUCGAGAUGAGUCUGAGGAUGACCCGAGGAAACUUAGGCCUGGAGAAAUUGAUCCUAAUCCUGAAACCAAACCAGCAAAGCCUGAUCCUGUUGACAUGGAUGAAGAUGAAUUGGAGAUGUUGUCAGAAGCCCGAGCUAGGCUAGCAAACACACAGGGUAAAAAAGCUAAACGGAAAGCAAGGGAAAAACAGCUGGAGGAGGCUAGGAGGUUGGCAGCUUUACAGAAGAGGCGUGAGCUUAGAGCGGCCGGUAUAGACAUCAAGAAACAGAGAAAGAAGAAGAGAGGUGUAGACUACAAUGCUGAAAUCCCAUUUGAAAAGAAACCAGCACCAGGUUUCUAUGACACAUCUCAGGAGCUUUAUGUGGCUGAAGAACCUAACUUCAAACGUCUGAGGCAACAGAACCUGGAGGGGGAGCGAAGAUCUGACAAGGAGGAGAAAGAGCGAAGGAAGGACAAACAGAAACAGAAAAAGAGGAAAGAGAAUGACCUACCCGGAGCUAUUGCCAGCCAGAGCAAUUUCCAGGAACCUGUAAAGAAAAGGAGCAAACUGGUGUUACCGUCCCCUCAGAUAUCGGACGCAGAACUUGAAGAGGUUGUGAAGGUGGGCCAGGCCAGUGAGUAUGCCCGCCAGCAAGCUGAGGAGAGCGGUACCCAGGACGGAGCAAGUCAGGCCCUUCUCCAAGACUACAGUCUCAACCCCGGGUCCACCAACCUUCGCACCCCAAGGACUCCAGCUUUACAGGACAAUAUCCUCCAGGAAGCACAAAACAUUAUGGCGCUGACAGUGGUGGACACCCCCCUCAAGGGUGGCCUUAACACUCCUCUCACACAGUCAGACUUCAGUGGCGUCACUCCCAAACACAAUCUGCCCCAGACCCCCAACACCAUGAUAGCAACACCCAUGAGGACCCCAGGCCAAGGCGAGGGACCAGGUAUGACCCCUCAGACGGUCGGUGGCAUGACCCCGCGAGGAAUGCCCGGACAACAGACACCUUUGAGGACUCCUGUUAGGGACAAACUUAAUAUCAACCAGCCAGAGGAGAACUUUGAUAUGGCCGUCACUGAUCAGUUCUAUCAGCAAGACCUGAAGAAACAGCUGAAGCAAGGCUUGGCCAGUCUACCACGACCAAAGAAUGACUACGAGAUUGUUGUCCCAGAGGAUAUGGAACAGAUGGGCGAUGAUCAAAUGGAGACAGACGCAUAUAUAGAGGAUCAGGCUGACGUAGACCAGCAUUAUGAGGAGAUCCAGCACGCUAAACGUAUGAAGGAGUUGCGUCUUCGUUCUCAAGCGGUACAACUUGACCUUCCACGCCCAUCAGAAAUCAACAAAAACAUUCUGCGUGUUGCCGGGCAUGGUGACCCACCUCUGAUGGAACUACAGAAGGCAGAGGAGCUGAUCAAGAAGGAGAUGCUAACGAUGCUUCACUAUGAUGCUGUGUACAGCCCCACUCCGGGUCAGCUAGGUGUUAACCCCAACAGUAAGAAGCCCAGUCAGAAGGGCGUGGUCAAUCAGGCCCAGCAUUUAGCUUAUCUGGAGCAGCAUCCCUACUCCGGCUACACUGAAGAGGACAUUGAAGGGGCAAAGCAGCAGCUGAAGCGAGAGAUGGAAGUGGUGAAGGGGGGAAUGAACCACGGUGACUUGUCUAUAGAGUCGUACUCCCAGGUGUGGGAGGAGUGUUACUCCCAGGUACUCUACCUCCCCUCACAGAACCGCUACACACGCGCCAACCUCGCCAACAAAAAGGAUCGCAUAGAAUCCCUGGAGAAACGUCUGGAGGGUAACAGAUCCCACAUGACCAAAGACGCCAAACAAGCAGCCAAGCUGGAGAAGAGAUUGAAGAUCAUCCUCGGAGGCUAUCAGUCUCGUUCCCAAGGUUUGAUCAAGCAGAUCCAUGAUGUAUAUGAACAGAUUGAGCAGACCUAUGUAGAGUUUAAAACAUUUGAAAAUCUACGACAACACGAGUUGGGAGCUAUACCCAAACGAUCUGAGUCAUUAACAGAAGAUGUACAGAGACAGACUGACAGAGAGAUAGAGUUACAGAAAAAGUACAGUGAACUGCAGUACAGAAAAGACAUACUACAGUAUGAGAGGAGGUGAAAGGGUUGUUGAUAGUGUCAGUCACAUAGAAGACAUUUAGGUAUGAGUGGAGGUGAAAGGAAGUUACAGUCAAUUAUAGAAGACAUUUCAGAAUGAGAGAAGGUAAAAGGAUCCUCGCACAGAAGACAAUUCACGAUGAGAGGAAAUGAAAGAAGCAACGUUGGUGUCAUUUGCAAGAAAUUAGAACAUUCAGUAUGAGAGGCAAUGAAAGGAAAGUUAUCAAUUAUGAAUAAGAUAUUUCAGUGAAGGAGGUGCAAGAAGCAUUGAUGGUGUCAGUCACAGAAGAGGCAUUUUUCAGAGCAGGGGAAGCAAAAUGAAAAAUAAUGUAUGGUGAAAUAUUCUGCUAGCACAUGUAUGAAUGAAAUUAUUUGUAUUACAGAUUAAAAUAAAGAACAGGUACAGACAUUGUGAUGUUUCAAUUUUAUAAACAUAUGAGGAAAUUGAGUAUAGCAUUGAAUCUGACGAGAAAAAAUCUUAUAACUUCAAAUAAUAAAUAAAAAUUUCAAUAUUGGGAAAGAAUCUCUUGGACAUGUCUACAAUCAUGUUAAAUAAUUUAAAUCUCGUUUGUCUUUGAGUUUAAAUUAACUAAAUUUGUGCACAAGAAACCAAUAUCUCUACACUUUGUUAUUGAAUCAUAUUUGCUUGUAAUAAAUAUUUUUGGAAUGUAUUCAAA